GCGGCUCUUCGCAGAGAUGGCCGACGUGAUGGCUGCUGAGGGCUGGAGGGAUGCAGGCUAUGAGUUUGUCUGCAUUGACGACUGCUGGAUGGCCCCAACGCGGGACGAACAGGGCAGGCUCCAGGCUGACCCAAAACGGUUCCCCAGCGGGAUCCGCCAGCUGGCUGACUACGUCCACUCCAAGGGGCUGAAGUUGGGAAUCUACAGUGAUGUUGGGAACAAGACAUGUGCUGGCUUCCCUGGCAGUUACAACCACUACGAACAGGACGCCCAAACGUUCGCCUCCUGGGGUGUGGACCUGCUGAAGUUUGAUGGCUGCAACUCUGGCACGCUAGAGCUGCUGGCAGAAGGUUACAGGCGCAUGUCUCUGGCCCUGAAUAAGACUGGAAGGAGCAUUGUGUACUCCUGUGAGUGGCCUUUCUACUUGAGGCCUGUGCAGCAGCCCAAUUACACAGAGAUCAAACAGUACUGCAAUCACUGGAGGAACUUUUUUGAUGUCUAUGAUUCCUGGAGUAGCAUCAAGAGUAUCUUGGACUGGACAGCACUUCACCAGGACAGCAUUGUGAAGAUAGCUGGGCCAGGGGGCUGGAAUGAUCCUGACAUGCUGGUGAUUGGAAACUUUGGGCUGAGCUGGGACCAGGCGGUGACUCAGAUGGCAAUGUGGGCUAUCAUGGCAGCUCCCCUCUUCAUGUCCAAUGACCUGCGGCACAUUAGUCCUGAAGCCAAGUGGCUGCUCCAGAACAAAGAGGUGAUCGCCAUCAACCAGGACCCGCUGGGCAAGCAGGGAUACCAAAUCACCAAGGACAAGAACUUUGAGCUGUGGGAACGGCCCCUGUCUGGCCGAGCCUAUGCUGUGGCGGUGCUGAACCAGCAGGAGAUUGGAGGACCCCAGAACUUCACCUUCUCCCUUACCUUCCUCGGCAAUGGGCUGGCCUGCAACCCAGCGUGCUCUGUCCGGCAGGUCCUGCCAGCCAGCAGGGACUGUGGGGUUUACAGCUGGGUCUCCUCCCUGAGUGUGGAGGUGAACCCAACAGGCACCGUGCUGCUGAAAGUAGUGGCACUAUAG